GCGCUCGCAAACAGCCCCGCCUCACUUCGCCGCUGCCGCUUUACCCAGCAUCUGUCACAGCUGUGCUUCGGGGGCGACGUCGAAAGCGCGCCGUCUCUCUGGCGAUCAGACGCCACAUCGGAGGAAGACAUGUCCGAAGUACGGAAAUUUACGAAAAGACUGAGCAAGCCGGGGACAGCGGCGGAGCUCCGGCAAAGCGUAUCGGAGGCGGUGCGAACAUCUCUGAUUGUGGAGCAGCCAAAGAUCAUCGAGCCUUUGGACUAUGAGAAUGUCGUAUUCCAGAAGAAGACCCAGAUCCACAGUGACCCCCACAGAGAAUUGCUCAUAUUUCCUGUGGAUGAUGUCUCGGAGGCUCAGGUGUCCCGAGAGAGAAGGACAAUCAGCCCGUCAGUGCCGCAGAAGGCAGCAGAGGAAGCCCGGAGUCUUUUUGCCAAAGAGUGCAUCAAGAUGUACGACACAGAUUGGCACGUCAUCAACUACAAAUAUGAGGCAUACUCGGGCGAUUUCCGCAUGCUGCCCUGCAAAGGUCUAAAGACGGAGAAGCUGCCAUCACACAUGUUCGAGGUGGAUGAGGAUGCGAAGGAUGAGGAUUCCGCCUCACUCUGCUCCCAGAGGGGGGGCAUCAUGAAACAAGGCUGGCUGCAGAAGGCCAACAUCAAUAGCAGCUUGUCUGUCUCCAUGCGGGUGUUCAAGAGAAGAUAUUUCUACCUGUCUCAGCUUCCAGACGGCUCCUACAUUCUCAAUUUUUACAAGGAUGAAAAAAACUACAAAGAGACUAAAGGAUCCAUCUACCUGGACUCCUGCAUCGAUGUUGUCCAGUGUCCAAAAAUGCGCCGGAAUGGCUUUGAGCUGAAGAUGCAGGACCGCUACAGCCACAUUCUGGCGGCAGAUAGUGAGACAGAGAUGGAGGACUGGGUGAACACACUGAGACAGGCCCUCCAAAGCACUACGGAGGCUGGUCAGGAGCGGCGCAAUGGGGCCGACAUGCUGGAGCCUGCGCUGGAUGAUGACAGCAGCAGCCAGGGGAAGGUGGAGAGCGUGCUGGAGAGCUUGGGACGCAGUCUGCACCCAGAGCUCAUGAAGUAUGCAAGAGAAACAGACCAGCUGAAUAAAAUCAACAGAAACGAAGGCAGGCCCAGGCUCUUCAUGCUGGACCCUGAAACACAGAGAUUGGACUUCUCUGGCAUCGAGCCUGACGUGAAGCCGUUUGAGGAGCGAGCUGGUCACCGUAUCGCGGUCACCUGUCAGGACCUCACAUUCUCCCUGCAGUGCUCCAUCAACGAGAACGAUGGCGGAGCCACAAAUGUGGAGCCAUUCUUUGUCAGCCUGGCGCUGUUUGAUGUCUCCAAGGGAUGCAAGAUCUCGGCUGACUUCCACGUGGACUUGAACCCCUCCUGUGUGCGUGAGAUGCUAUCUGAGGGUUUGGCUCAGACCAUCGUGGAGGCAGGCACUGGGCACUGCAAGGACCUACCCGUCCUGCAGAGGGCGUCAGAGGCAUUGUUACGCUUUCCCACACAGGGCAUCUUCUCAGUGACUGAUCCGCACCCUGACAUCUUCCUAAUGGCGCGCAUCGAGAAGGUGCUGCAGAACAACAUCGCCCACUGUGCGGAGCCUUACACGAAGACCUCUGACAUGAGCAAGACUGCGCAGAAGGUCCUGAAAGCAGCCAGACAGACAUGUCAGCGGCUGGGCAAGUACAGGAUGCCCUUCGCCUGGGCAGCCAAGCAGGUAUUCAAGGACUCCAAGGGCAGUUUGGAUACGGACGGAAAGUUCUCCCCCCUAUACCGCCAGGAUAGCAGUAAAAUCUCCACUGAAGACCUCAUUAAACUGCUGGUGGAUAUCAAGAAGCCGGAGAAGAGCAAGCUGCAGGUCAUACCAGGGCAGCUGAACAUCACCACUGAGUGUGUGCCCCCCCAGUUCUCGGAUUCAGUCACAUCCAGCUAUGUCCCGGUGCAGCCCUUCAAGGAGACUUGCACAAGCGUCUCUGUGGAAAUAGAGGAGUUUGUGCCCAAUGAAGCUCGCUUCCACUGCCCCUUCACUGUCUAUAAGAACCGCCUGUACGUCUACCCACUGCAGCUUAAAUACGACAACCAGAAAACAUUUGCUAAGGCACGAAACAUUGCGGUCUGUGUGCAAUUCCGAGACUCAGACGACGAGGGCACCACCCCCCUGAAGUGUAUCUACGGAAAGCCAGGGGAGCCACUUUUCACCACAAGCGCCUUUGCCGCCGUUCUACAUCACAACCAGAGCCCCGAGUUUUACGACGAGGUCAAGAUCGAGCUGCCAGUCCACGUCCACAGCAAGCACCACGUCCUCUUCACCUUCUAUCACAUCAGCUGCGAGAUGAGCACCAAGAAGAGAGAGGGUGUGGAGACCCUGGUGGGAUACUCCUGGGUCCCCCUGCAGAAGGAUGGCUGCGUUCAGUCCGCAGAGCUCCAGCUGCCUGUGGCUGCCAACCUGCCCGCUGGCUACCUGAGCGACAAGACCCAGGACGGCCGAAAGGCUGCAUCUGAGAUCAAGUGGGUGGAAAAUGGGAAACCGCUGUUUAAAAUGAGGAGCCAUUUAGCAUCAACAAUAUAUACUGAGGACCCACAUCUGCACAGGUUCUUCCAGCACUGCCAGUUGCUGAAGUCUGGUUCUGAGGACAAUCUGGCGGAGCUCGUCAAAUACCUCAAGUGCCUACAUGCCAUGGAGGCUCAUGUCAUCAUCAAGUUCCUGCCCACGGUGUUAGUCCAGCUAUUUGAAGUUCUCACCAUGUCCACCAAGGAGACCCAGGAGAUAGCUGUCAACUGCACACGAGUGAUCAUCCACAUUGUCUCACUGUGCCACGUAGAAGGACUGGAGCACUAUCUUCGCUCCUUUGUCAAGUAUGUGUUCGUGACCAAAAAGUCUGUGGCUGGGAGCUCCGUAACCACACAUGAAGUUCUGGCCAAUUCAAUGGCCUCCAUAUUGAAGCAGACUGCAGAUUUCAUCACCUGCAACAAACUGCUUAAGUACUCUUGGUUUUUCUUCGAGGUUAUUGCCAAGUCUAUGGCUCAAUACUUGCAAGUUGAGAACAGGAUAAAGAUGCCACGCGCCCAGCGCUUCCCAGACAGCUUCCACCUGGCCCUGCAGUCCCUACUGCUGUCCAUCUUGCCUCACAUCACCAUCCGCCACCUGGAGGUCCCCGAGGAGGCCCGCUGCAUUAACUUGAGCCUGGCUCAUUUUAUCAAGAGGUGCUUCACCUUUAUGAACCGAGGGUUUGCCUUCAGCCUCGUCAAUGACUACAUGUGUGGUUUCACAAUGAAGGACCCCAAGGCUCUCACAGUGAUGAAGUAUGAUUUCCUACUGACAGUGUGCAGCCAUGAGCAUUACAUCCCACUCAAUCUGCCCAUGGCGUUUUCCCGCACCAGACUGCAGAGAAUGCAUGAUAUGAUUCCGUUUGCGACGGAUCGUUUUGGCGCUGUAGACCAGAACUUAGAGGUCAGCCUGACAGAGGACUAUUGCAGAAACCAUUUCCUGGUGGGACUGCUGCUCAGAGAGGUGGCUGAUGGGUUACAGGGCUGCCCCGAGGUCAGGCAGUUGGCCGUGGCAGUACUCAAGAACCUUAUGGUGAAGCACGCCCUGGACGACCGCUACAAUGCUUACAAGAACCAGCAGGCUCGGAUCUGCGUGCUGUACCUGCCAGUGCUGGAGCUGCUCUACCAGAACCUGAAACAGCUCUCACCCAGGGAGCUCACUUCCAACAUGGGGCUCGACUUUGCGGUCUCUAAGGAUGACCUCACACUGCCCUCUUCUUCAUCGGAGCCCCGCAGGAUCAGUGUGGCAGCGGAGCAGGUCUCUGUGGCCCAGAACGGGCACACGGUGAGGCGGGAGGACUCCAGAGGGUCCCUGUACAUGGACACUGUGUCUUUGGACAGCAGAGAGCUGCACAGGAGUUCCUUCAAGAUGAGCACCUUGUCUCGUACGGGCCACCUGGGGCAGUACGAGGUCAAGGGGCUGCUCCUGUGUUUCCUGUACAUCGUCAAAACUGUGUCAGAAGACACACUGCAGGCUUACUGGAACAAGGUCCCCCAUCAAGAUGUCACUAACUUCCUCAGCCUGUUAGAGAUAUGCCUGGUACACUUCAGAUAUGCUGGCAAGAGGAACAUUGGCAGGGGCCAGGAUGCUUGGGUGUCCAAGAUGUUCUCCCCAGAAAGAAAGUCCAAGACCAUGCCAGUCAUGCGCGGUCGCGUGUGCCUCAUGCAGGCCAAAAUCCAGCAAUUCGGCACCUUGGACACCUCCUUCAGCCUGAACCCAGGUGCUGGGCCGACGGAGGCCGAGAUCAACCACCAGGCCCUCCUAGAGGGGAACCUGUCUACGGAAGUGUGUCUGAUUGUCCUGGAUGUCAUGUCCUUCUUCACUCAGAGCUUCAAGAACCAGCUUUUGGAAAGCGAUGGACACAACCCACUGAUGAAGAAGGUGUUUGAUAUCUACCUAAACUUCCUGAAAGUUGGCCAGUCAGAAGCCGCCUUCAGGCACGUCUUUGCUUCACUGAGAGGCUUCAUCAGCAAGUUUCCGUUGGCCUUCUUCAAGGGUCGGGUGACCCUGUGCGCAGCACUGUGCUACGAGACGCUCAAGUGUUGUGUGUCCAAGCUGAGCUCCCUGCGUGCUGAGGCUGCUGCUCUCCUCUACCUGCUCAUGCGCAACAACUUUGAGUAUACCAAGAGGAAGACCUUCCUGCGCACACACCUGCAGAUCAUCAUCGCCGUCAGCCAGCUGAUCUCGGACGUGGCUCUGACAGGAAGCUCGCGCUUCCAGGAGUCGCUGUCUGUCAUCAACAACUUUGCCAACAGCGACAAGGCCAUGAAGUCGACGGCAUUUGCGGCGGAGGUGAAAAGCCUGACCAUGCGCAUCCGCACGGUGCUGAUGGCCACGGCGCAGAUGAAGGAGCACGAGCGUGACCCGGAGAUGCUGCUGGACCUGCAGUACAGCCUGGCCCGCUCCUACGCCAGCACGCCCGAGCUGCGCCGCACCUGGCUGGACAGCAUGGCCCGCGCCCAUGUGAAGAACGGCGACUUCUCCGAGGCUGCCAUGUGUUAUGUCCACAUCGCUGCGCUGAUUGCUGAGUACCUGUACCGGAAGAAAGCGUUCCCUAGCGGCCUGGUGGCCUUCAAGAAGAUCACUGUCAACACUGAGGAGGAAGCAGCCAUGAAGGAAGACACUGGCAUCCAGGACAUCUACUACACUGAGGAAGUGUUGGUGGAGCAUUUGGAGGUGUGUGUGGAUGGGCUCUGGAAAGCCGAGCGAUACGAGCUAAUCACUCACAUUGCAAAGCUCAUCAUUUCUGUCUACGAGAAACGGCACGAGUUUGAGAAACUGCGACGACUGUACGAAACAUUGCAGCAUGCCUACAAAAAGGUCCUGGAGGUCAUGCAGACGCGUCGCAGGCUACUGGGAACAUUCUUCAGGGUGGCCUUUUAUGGACAGGGCUUUUUUGAGGAAGAGGAUGGGAAGGAGUACAUCUACAAGGAGCCAAAGCUCACUGGCUUAUCUGAAAUCUCCCACCGCCUGCUUUCUCUGUAUGGAGACAAAUUCGGAGUAGAAAAUGUGAAGAUCAUACAGGAUUCCAGUAAGGUAAAUGCCAAGGAGCUGGACUCAAAGUUUGCUUACAUCCAGGUCACUUUCGUGAAGCCUUACUUUGAUGAGAAGGACUUGUCGGAGAGGAAGACAGACUUUGAGAAAAGCCACAACAUUAACCGUUUCGUGUUCGAGACGCCCUAUACCCUGUCUGGGAAGAAGCACGGUGGUGUAGAGGAGCAGUGCAAGAGAAGGACAGUGCUGACAACUGCAAACACCUUUCCCUACGUGAAAAAGAGGAUUGAGGUGGUGGGAGAGAAGCAGGUGGAGUUGAAGCCCAUCGACGUUGCCAUUGAUGAGAUGCGUGACCGUACGGCUGAGCUGCAGAAGCUCUGCUCCAGCACAGAAGUGGAUAUGAUUCAGCUGCAGCUGAAAUUGCAGGGCUGCGUCAGCGUGCAGGUCAAUGCUGGUCCCAUGGCUUAUGCUCGGACUUUCCUAGAUGAUGUCAAAUCCAGCCAAUAUAGCAGCAAGAAAGUUAAGGAGCUCAAAGAGAUUUUUAGGAGCUUUGUUCAGUCAUGCAGUGUGGCCUUGGACAUCAACGAGCGCUUGAUCAAAGAAGAUCAGUUUGAGUACCACGAGGGCCUCAAAGCUAACUUUAAGGACAUGGUGAAGGAGCUGUCGGACAUCAUUCAUGAACAGAUUGUUCUGAUGUAAAGAAGUGUGGGAUCUUCCAGGAGGACAUGAUGCAUUCUCUUCUGCAGAACUCCAUGCAUGUUUUCCGAGUAAUCAGUGGGACCUCCACUGACCUCAGCUAGCCCCCCUCCUCUGUCCCUCUCUGAGUUCUACAAAUGCAGUGGAGUGAUAACCCUCAUGUUUCUGGUUAGUGACUCAUGGUGAAGUUCCCAGCAUGAUCAGUCCAUCUUUCCCGGGUACACGCCUCACCCCGAUGCACUCUCUUCCCCGGCUCCUCUCUGAUCACUUCCCAGAGUACAGUUCAGAUCUGCUGCCUACCUCUAACCUUAAAGAACACUUGGAGGUGUCAUGGAAGCUGUCCCUAAUUUUCUCCACACGAUUGAGACAUCAAGGACAAAUCCUGUAAGGGGUUGAUGGACCACUAACUGCAACUCAGUGGUUCACUGAGAGGACAAUGCGUUCUUCUAGGUUAUUAUUAUCAUUCCUUUGGACAACAAAAGGGAGAGUGGCUGCAGGAUUUGUGUUUCUGGAAUGCCCAUAUAAUGCCAGUAUAAAAGGACAGUUGGGUGUUCAGGAAGGGCUCCUCUCUUGCUCACUGCCCCCCCCACUUCCUGAGCACACACGAUAAACCAGAAACAGCAGCACAGUUGCGACAGCCCUGUUGAGCAAGCCAUCCAUCAGAUAUAGCUGCCAGUCUCCGCCUGCCAUUAUCAUUCACCUGCAGCGGGCAGGGGAGAAGCUCAGAACCAGGAAUCCACAAGUGGUCACAUGACUGCGUCUCUGGGCAAAGGGGAUGGGUGUGGUUAUGUGGUACUUCUGUUUCUGCAAGGCACUAUGCGGCACAGCUUAUCUUGCCCGUAAUUGCCGUUAAUGAUGCACUUUUUCAUAGGCCCACUCUAACUGAGCUCGGCACUUGGGCAGGGGCCCAGGGACCCUGCAGGCCGCCUGCCAGCUGGCUCCUCCCAGAUCCCUCGCUGGCUGUACAGGGCCACUCAAAUUGUUGUAUAUUUUUUUUUCUAAUUAUUUGUCAUUGUCUUUUAUUUUCCUUUUUUAUAUCCUUAUUUUUGUUUUAAUGACAGUGCUUAAAAAAAUCAGUUAUUACCUAUUUAAUAUAUGUCUAUAUAUGAACAGUGAUGGCAUAGUUACAUAUAUCAAAAUGGUUCUUUAUAUGCCUCUAAAAGACAUUUGAGUUUUAUAUUUUAUCAAAUAUACCUUGAAUUUUGUUAAGGACUGGUUUGUCCAGAAUAUUUCCUGUCUUACUCAAAAUCCAGGUCAUUGAAAUACUGCAAGAAAAUUCACAAGAAAAAGACAUUAGUGGUUUUGGCUUUUCUGGAAACAUGUACACAGCUGCGUCAUAUUAAUCUGAUGCUAACAAGUUUGGUGCAACAUGACAUGAAACUGUCCUGCUUGUACUGGGUAUUGUGGGAAUGUGAUUUACACCCUGCCCACUACCAUAUAUAGAAAGAUAAUAUUUCCUGUCUGUUUAAGAGUUUUGGUGCCAUCAUGCCUUCUGUCCAUUUAUGCACAUCUCUGAUGCCACGGGGUAGCAGUGUGUGUCACAUGCUGUUAUACAGUAUUUUUCUGCACUGAAUAAACAGAAUAUGCAGAUUUAUAUUAUAAAAAACAAGCUGUACAUUUUUUUAAUGACCAAUUAUCUUGCCCUACUGCUGCUAAAAAGCAUUUCCCAUUAUGUUAUUAUUUGCGUUGUACUUGAGCUGACCUCCUCGUUAAUAAAAAAAUAGUGUCUAAAUAAA